AGCAAUCCUAAAAAAUGUUGAUGGGCCAGUAUGACCACUAGUUACAUCAAAGUUUGAGCUAUGAGCUCACCAUUUAAUAUACAAAUUAACAUGUUAAAAUCUCUAGUUAAGGAAAGUAUUUCACAAAUGCCAACUUUAAGACCUAGUAGCAGCCACGUGUUCAGCUCAGUUAUUGCUCAGAAUGUGUAAUAGUUUCUGUCCAACAAGAGCCACGCCCAGCUGAUAUUAACCGAGUGGAGCCAUCCUACAACUCUACCAGUUAUUUGUUUCUGGUUGUAAUCUGAUCUGGAACUCUUACAAGACUACUGCUUUCUCCUCUCCAAAUCUAAUUGUAAGGAUUAUGUGCCACUGAUUUUUUUUCAUUAACCAGGAUUGUCUCUCCUUGUGGGUUUUCAGGCAGUUCUAGGUCUGCACAAUGGGCCUCCGGAUUCACUUUGUUGUUGACCCACAUGGUUGGUGCUGCAUGGGUUUGAUUGUCUUUGUCUGGUUGUACAAUAUCAUUAUAAUUCCCAAAAUUGUCCUCUUUCCUCACUAUGAAGAAGGACAUAUUCCAGGCAUAUUAAUUAUAAUAUUCUAUGGCAUUUCUAUAUUUUGUCUGGUUGCCUUAGUGAGGGCCUCCAUAACUGACCCAGGAAGACUCCCUGAAAAUCCCAAGAUACCACAUGGAGAAAGGGAGUUCUGGGAGUUAUGUAACAAGUGUAAUUUGAUGAGACCAAAGCGUUCCCAUCACUGCAGCCGCUGUGGACACUGUGUUAGGAGAAUGGAUCAUCAUUGUCCAUGGAUUAACAAUUGUGUUGGUGAAGAUAAUCAUUGGCUUUUUCUGCAGUUGUGUUUCUACACUGAACUUCUAACUUGCUACGCACUGAUGUUUGCUUUCUGUCACUAUUACUACUUUCUUCCACUAAAAAAGCGUAACUUGGAUCUUUUUGUUGUUAGACAUGAAUUGGCUAUAAUGAGACUAGCAGCCUUUAUGGGUAUAACUAUGUGGAUUGGAAUAACUGGACUCUUCUAUACUCAACUAAUUGGCAUUAUUACAGAUACUACAUCUAUUGAAAAGAUGUCAAACUGCUGUGAGGAAAUAUCGAGGCCCCGAAAGCCAUGGCAGCAGACCUUCUCAGAAGUUUUUGGCACUCGUUGGAAGAUCCUGUGGUUUAUUCCUUUCAGGCAGAGGCAACCACUGCGAAUUCCCUACCACUUUGCCAAUCAUGUCUAAACAGAUGGAUGGUGGGCACAGAUGGGUCCUCCAUGCUGGAAAUGCGUUACAGGUUUUCUGAUAAUAGAACUAUGACAGUCUUCAAGUCAAUUAAAAUCCACCCACCAAUCUUAGGCAUCAUAAUGUGCCCAAGGCUUUAUAAUAGUGAUCUUGAUUCUGUUGUGGGACUAAUGCAAGAUCUAUAUUUAAGUUUUAAAGCAUGUUUACUUUCAAAUUAGGUUUCCAUGGGGAUUUCUUAAAUACUUGUGUUAUUAAACUCAAGAGACAGUGAUUGGAAUGAAAUAAUUGUACAUAAUUUCUUUUAGUACUGACAGUGUUACAGAUUUAAUUUAUGGGAAACUUAAAAUGUUUUAAGUUUUUCACUCUUCAGAAGUACUAACCAUAUCUGAACUGUUCAGGUUUUACAGAAGUUGAUACAGUUUAUAUGUAAAUUUCCUUUUUCAAAUGCAGCUUAAGAUACCUAAUACUCCUUUUUAUAUGUGCUCUAAGAAUUUUUAAAAUGAAUAGGAUUGAACAGUAAAAACAACCAAAAAGGGCAAGGUUUUUUUUUUUUUUCUUAGUAGCUUUCUAAUUUUUCUUUCCUUUGCUUCACCAGAAAUAACCACUAAAAAUACCAACUACCUUCCUUAUUUUAGAGGAAAGGUUAAAUCCACCCCAUCAACACACAUAGUAUCUCCCAUUUCUUUAUAUUGUUGUAGCAAUUGGUUGUGAAAAUAUUCACUCCGAGGACAAAUUUGUGACAAGUGGGUAUAUAUUUCUAUUUUACUUAGAUGAUCAAGAAAAGGUAGAAAAUUUGCAAUAAUUCCACAUAUACUUUUUCUAGUACAGUUAUAUUAGAAUAUCUAUGUUUCUAAAAUGUUAGUAAAGAUAGGUAAUAUGUAUAGUAUGCAGACGAAUAUUGUACAUUUGAGAAAUAUAUAUGCAUAUUUGUGUAUAUGUGUAUAUAUAUAUAGAUAUAUAUAGUUUUAUUUAGCUUUUAGUAGAUCUAAAAUUGCACAAUGAAAGCUUAUAGAAUUUGGCCAAUUAGUAUUGAUAUUUUAUCCAUAGACGUGAAAGUAAAUAACUUUUAUGUACCAGUAAUCAGUAAAAUUGAAUUAAAUUGGAAUUGGCCACUUAUAAUUUAGAUUGAGCUCUUUUAUUGGUAACUAAUGUUAGGAAAUGACCUUAGGAUGAAAAAGUUAUAAUCUAUGUUUAUCACUAGCCUUAUACAAAUUAAAUUGCUAAUGGUAAUGUCCUCUUGGAACCAUUUGUUUGGAAAGACAUGGGUCUUGCUUUGAAAAAAGAUUCAGCUUAUAUUUUCUUUUCCAUUAGAAUACUGCAACUCCCAUCUGCCGUUUAAAUUAUUUACUCAUAUUCUUUUAAUUAAUGAGGUGAUUGCAGGGAUCUUCUGUUUUUGGAUCAUAUCCAUUUCAGUUAGUUUGGAUAGUAAGAAGUCCUACCUGAGAAGUAAGAAACAGAAGGUUACCAUGAUCAGCCCGUUUGUAUUGUGGUUAAUUUUUUCAGAAACUGUAAAUAUAUUUUUAACUAGUAUAAGAAGUUUUCUGAGAGGAUUAAGUAUCAUGUUAUGAUAUUUGGAAUACAGUGCUUUAUUAUUAAAAAAAAAACAAGCCUUAUUACUGGGGAUAUAGCUCAGCAGUGGUAGAGUGCAUGCUUCAUAUGUAGGAGGACCUGUAUUCAUGUUCCUACACACACAUCACCAUUACCCUCUUUCCAUAAGCGCCACCCCCCCCCCAGUAGUGGCAGAUGAAAAUAUUUCUUGGUGUUGAUAAGAUACAUAGUAAAUUCAACAUGGCAAACUUGUUUAUAAUGCUUAAUGAACCACAAAAAUAGUAUGUUUGUGUCAGGGAAAUGGGUUGUGUUUUGUGCAAGUUGACAUGCUGACCAAAUUUGGCCUGGUGACAGAAAUGCUAUAAGAAAGUAAAGUAUAGAUACUAUAGUUAUGUCAUCUGAAUGCCUUCUGAGGACUAAGAAAACAACAAACCUAGGUGAAGUCCCAUAAAAUAUUGUAUAAUGUGUUUAUUAUACUUCAUAUAGUAGCAGUUGCUAGUAUCUGUCUUGAAAUAAUAGCUUCUGUUUCAGUAAUGAGAACUAGAGACUGUCCCUUCCCACUGGGAGAGGUUUUUAAUUUUCUGUUCUAGAAUUGCUUUUUUUUUUCUUUCUCUGUUGGAGAGUUAAUGAGUUAAAGCAUAGUUGUUGACACAUGAGUGCAGUCUCUUACCUCCCUCUUUCUAGGGCGUGUUCUCUUCUAUUCUCUUUACUUUCCUUGAUCAUGAUCCUUCUGUACUUUUAACUUAACUUACUGGAACACAAACACUGGGCAAAAUAUAGAUUUUUAUUUGAACGGCAAAAAUGCUAAUAUCAGUAUAUUUGUAUAAGAAUAUUAAAUUAUACCUAUACAUACCUAACCUGUAACUUUCAGUAUCCCCAAGUUAGUACCCCUAACUGGGUUUUGUGAUUCUUGUCAGGCAACUUGAGAGGAGAAAGCAACUGGCAAUUUUCUUCCAAGUUCAUAAACUUGAAGUGUUCUCUCUGCGCCCUCUUUUGGCUAGUUGAUGUAAUUAUACUGGCACUAGAGAUUUACUGCCCCAAAGGUACAUUGUAUAACCAAAUACUGAACAUGUCAGAGGUACAAAUUUAGUAGUCAUGUAUGUAUAAAAUGUAAAAUUUUAUGAAAAAUGAGCAUAUUUCUGUUUAUGGCCUCAACAUUUAGUUCAUAUAAAUAUGAAUGCUUUAUCUCUAUAUUUUACUAUCAAUUACAGCUAUAUCAAAUCAGGAUAAAUAGAUGUAUUUAGUGAUUUUUAUUUUAAAAUCCUGACAAAUUAGAUCCUUAGAAUUAGAAAAGAGAUUACAUUGAAAUUAUCCAUGUAAUAUAAAACACGGAAACUUAUUGUAAUUAACAGUGGCAAAUAUGUAUCUGAUAUGUCUAAUGGAUAUUUUUAAAAUACAUAUAGUUUUUUAUCUCAGUUUUGGAGUGAAUUUUUUAUGAUUAUCACAUUAAAUCAUUAAAACUCUUUACCUUUUUUAUAUUUUUAAAUUUUCAUGGUUGGAACAUAGCUAUAGCUUUAGUAGGAAAUUCAUUAUGUAUUCUGGAUAACUAUGAAAAUAGCUAAUAUUGGGGCAAGGUGGUGGCACAUCUGGUUAAGUGCACACAUUACAGUGUGCAAGGAUCCAGGUUCAAGCCUCCAGUCCCACCUGCAGGGAGAAAGCUUCAUGAGUGGUGAAGCAGGGCUGCAGGUAUCUCUUUGUCUCUAUUAUCCCCCUUCCCUCCAAAUUUCUCUCUCUUCUAUCAAAUAAACUUUAAAAGAUUUUAAAAAGAACUAAUAUUGUUGAGAUAUUGGGAAAUAAUUCUGACCUAAUUAGCAAGAUUAAUCUAGUGUCAAGUAUAAGUUGAAUGAUGUAUUUCUAUAUAAACAUUCCAGUCAUACUAAGCAAAAUAUAUGUUAAAAGGAUGCUUUUCGUCAGUUAAGUCAUUUAUUAGACUUCUGAAAGUUAAGUAUUUGACCUUGAUAUUAUGAGUUGCAUGUAUUGAAUAGUUAACGUUUGUUAUUGUUUUCUUCAGCCAGGAUGUUUAUAGACUAAAGAUUAUAGACAAAAAUUGAGUUCAGAAUUCUAAAAAUGGUAGGCAGUUAAUUUAAAAAACUUUUGUACUUUGUAAUCAAACUUACAAUUUGGUAAUAUUAAGUGCUGUUCAAUUUUAAGAAACUUACUCUUUUGCCUUAGUGUUGUGUUAAAAGUUUUUUGUGGCUAAUAUAAGAGGUAAUGAUAUUUAAAGUUAUAUUUAAUGCAUUAACCUUUCUAAAGAAAAGAUACAGUUUUAAUAGUUAAAGUAGAGAAUCUGAGCUUUCAUGAAGUGUAGUUUAACAGCUAAGUUAAAACUUUGGUUAGAAUUAGGAUUUUGUGAAUAGUAUGUUUUCCCCAGAGAAGUCCUCCAAUUAUUACAAUCUUUUAAAAGACUUUUUCAAGUCACUUCCAUGUACUAAUUAGUUGAUGUCCAUGAAAAUAAUUUGUUUCACCCAACAGGGUAUUAAGUCUCAGUGUAAAUCAUAAAGACUUAAGUUUUGACAACAGGAUUUGUGAAGUAAUUUAGACUAAGACCACACAAUUUUCUGUGUUAGGUCAUGAGUCAGUUAAAGUGUUUUCACAUGUGUUGCUGUAAUAUCACAGUGUGUUCAGUUCUGAUUACAAUAGCAUUAAUAUUCAUGAAUAGAUUUGCUGGUCUCUUUCUGGACUUUUCUCUGGUAUCUGACUACUUUCCUUCAUGUAUAAAUAGAUUACCUAGCUAAAGUUUAUUGACCUUCAGCUUCUUAUGUAGAUGUAUCUAAAAUUUAUUGGAUAAAGUUUACAUGUACAAAUAGUUUCCUAAUAGGCACAAGUAUUUGGUUUUGAAAAUCCAGGUCUAUUCCUAUUUGCUUUAAAGGAAUAUAAAUGUUGUAAAUGUGUUAAGUAAGUCAGAAUCCUAUUGUAUGUUCUACUUAAUAGUAUUAAUAACCAUUUAAUUGAUGAAUGAGUAUACUAUUUAGUGUCCAUAUAUAUUACAUUCUAUUUCAGGAAUCAUUCUCCUAGUUUACUUACAAAUAACACUUUUCAUUAUCUCUGUAUUGCCAUUAUCAAUAGAGUACUAAAAUAUGCAACAAAAGAAUGUAAGGUAGAAAUAUUUAGAACCUACUUGCUUGAAGUAUUUUGAUUCAGUGUUGUUCUGUAUACCAAUUAACACUUAGCAUAUCUGUUGUCUCUAGCUGAUGGUGGUUUAACUUCAAGAAGGUGUUUUCUCUGGACAGAUCUUUUUAUUAUUACUGUAUAAUUUUGGCAGCAAAGUAUGUUUGUCCUUAGAUUUUUAGUAUUCCUGCUAGUGCUUAUUUGAAACAGAAUUGAUAAUGUCUUUUAAAAUUCUUAAGUUCUUGUUAUGCCAGUAUUCUCAAUUUUCAUUAUUAUUAUGCUAUUUUCUUCUGGUCCACCAUAUAGAAUAGGUACAGAUGAGUAGUCAGUAGCCAAAAUAACUGGAUAAGAGACAUGGGGAACUUUCUAUGUGGUCGAGAGAAAGCUAGGCAGAAAACAGAUAAUCAGCAUCUAAACAACAGGAUUGCCUGGAGAGAAUUUUUGUGACACCAGAAAAAUCCCCUUGAUGUAAUUAUUUUAGCCUGUCUCUUGUUGAUACCAUUUUACUCUUGAAGAAUUGUUAAUACCUGAAAACCUUUAGUUUGAGUUAAUCUUAUUCAAGUUUUUCAUUGCUGAUUCUCCCUAGUUGAUUAGAAUAGCUUCUUGAGAAAUUUAUUUUAAAUUUUAAAUAUAAAAAUUAUGUAUUACAUGCUAAUAUGAAAUGUUAACAUUAAUGUGAAAGACUUAAUGUCAAGAGAAAUGAAUAGGUUUGGCCUGCCCAAAAUUUGGUUGAAAAAUCAGAGACCUCUUCUUACAAGUGUCUCAGGGCAAAAAAAAAAAAAAAAAAAAAAGUGUGUGUGGGGGGUGGUACCAAGUAUUAUAGUAAGUGUUGUCACUGAAAGAAAAGAACAAUUUGUAUAUAAAGGGCAAUUUUUACUUUAAAGUUUGUGUUAUUUUGAAGUUCUCCAUACAUUGAAGGUUUCUGUACUUUUUUCUGAUAUGGUAAAUAUCUGAAACAUCAUGUAAUAUUGUGCUAACCACAGCACUAUGCUGAUCUUUUUGGUAUUGAUAGCUUUAUAUAUAAACAAAGAUAAGGACAAAACACCAGCAACAAAAGGUGUGUUUCCUUUUUUGUGGCUUUGCUUGCCUGUUUGACUAUGUACAGGGUUUAAUUGUCUAGGGUGUUAUACAGGGAAAGCUUUUCUGCAAAGCUCUUUGUUCUUGCCAGUAUGCACUGGGUAAUAUUUUAACCUAUUGGUGCCUGAAUUUAGUGUUUUACAGCCUCAAUAAUCAGAACAUCCUGGUGCUACUCAUCUUAGCAUUGAGUGACAUUUUUAAUUCUGGUACCAAAGAGUUACUUACUUUCCUUUUUGGUUGAGAAUUUUCUUGUCACAUACUUGUAUUUAUGAAGCAGAAUCUAAUGUUACUAAGACAAUUUAUAUUGAUAUACCUUAUUUUUUGCACGCUGCUGCCUCAGUUUAAUUGGUUUUUUAAGUGUCUCAUUUGGGCUUUUUUGGUUAUAAACAUAUAACUUAAUGUUUAACAUAGAUUGGCUACUCUAAAAGAAAGUUUAGUAGCUUGAAGUUACAAAAGAAUUAAAGUAGCUUUCAAAA